AUGUGGUGGGCGCGCCUGACUGAUGAUAAGGCCCGGUACCUCCGACAGCUCUCCAAGAACAUCGACCUUUGUUCCGCCUUUGAUGCCCUGCUGUCGAUUCCUGGACUGUGGGGUGGGAUGAGCUUGGAACAUGUGGCCAACGUGAUGGCAUUGCGCUGUGAUGAGGAAAUCGUGCACUAUCUGACUUCGCACCUCCGAGAAUUCUGGGUCUCCCUCGUGAGUUCCGACCCGACCAAUCCUGACCUUGAGGCGAUGAUGAAGAUCGACGCCCACACGAUCGAAAGAUUGGAGCUGAUGGCGCCAAAAGCCUCGUACAGGGACGCUAGAAAGCUUCAGCGUUUGCUACGUAGCGGAAAAGUUCUCUCCAAUUUUAAUUUAUCUGAGAGAGCUCGGAUGUGGAAAUGGUUGCGUGAUUACGAUGGCAUCAUCCCUUCGUUGCGAACGUUCUUUCGAGAUAUCGAAUAUCUGAAAGAAUGUGGCAAUGCAAUGAAAUUGCUUGUCAACUUCAGCAAGAAUGGGCCGACGGUGCGGCGGGCUUUGCGGUGUUGUUACAGUCCCGGUGAUUCUCUCGAGGAAGGAUGUCUCAUCCAGACGUCCGAGGACACCUUUGAGAGGCGGUUCGGUAGCCGUGAAGUGCAGCAAGAGCUUUCUUAUCGACAGCUUUGGCUGUAUGCAAUGCGUGUGUACUCCAGAAUAUCACGAACAUUGACCACACCCAACUCGUUGGCGAAAUCCCAAAAUAAAACGCUGGACGCAAUAGUGAUCUAUGAGAUGGCAAUGUUCGCACAUAAGUUGGGCUUCCAGUCCCCAGCUAUUAAGAAGCUCAUCAUGCAUUCCCCGGAUGUGAUGAUCGCACAGAGUGUCCUGCUCAACGCUCGGGACCAGGAAGGGUAUGAAUACAAUGCCACAGUCUUUCCCACCUUAGUCCACCGCAUUGUGGAAUGUUUCUCAAUGGCUACGCCCCGCGAACAGCCACAGUUCCCUAGCCUCGUGGAUUCUACGGCCGGGUUGAAAGAGCGCUGUGGACUUCCUAGCAGCCAGGCCCAAAGACACGACCGUAGGCUACUCUUCCUUGACCCUCUGCACACUGAUGGGGUGGAUGUCUCAGGAACAGUGUCGACAUGGUAUGUACGGCGAAACGUUUAUUUCGCUUUUUUUGGAAGGCUUCAUGGCUUUUCUGACAGUCUCCGAGUGCCCGUUUCCACAUCAUCAACAUUUCCGCCAGAUCGUCAUGUUACUAGUAGACCCAGCUGUGACGCUCAUGAAGGGAGUGAAAUCAGAGCUUCACGGGUGAAAUUUAUGGAUCCCGUACCAUGUUCGAGCAAUGCCGAGCGGAGGACCGAGAUCGCAAAUCCAGCAACCCAACAAGGAGAGUCUGGCGAAGAAGUGGUUGCUGAGAUUGAAGUAUCUGACCAGCCACGAUCACCCAGUGAGGAGGGAUCCUCAGUUGUAGAACAAGAGCACUUCCAGAGAGGACCAGAAGAGAGUGCAGUUGGAGGCACAGAGCUAGGAGAUGCUUCACUUGAAGAGAACGAACUGGAGUCUGGUGAGCCCCAAAGUCUGGGACUUCUAGAACCGGAUAGUCGAGAUGGCUUGCAGCCUGGGACUGGGUGCAUUUCCAAUAGUACAUCUCCAUCCCUCCAGCUGCAACAAGACCUAUCAAACUUCAUUGCCAGGUUACAUGUGUCGACAAGUCCGCUGGAAGAUGAUCUGCAGCAAAGUAAGCAAUCCAGAAGUCACAUUAUCGAUCAAGCAAACAACGCGCGGAAGCGCAAAAAUACAGAUGAUGAUGAAUCUGGCGCCAACAAGAAGCUGAGUUCGGGUAAUAAACGAAAACGUUCACGAACCAGAACUAUUUCAGGGACUCAUUCUUCCCCGUUCAGUGAAGCUGAAUCUAUACGCUUGAAUUUACUUAGGACUCUGAUGAAAAAUGCCGGCCAAUCAUUUAGUAUUGCGACUUUGCGUCAGAUCUAUGAAAUGGGUGAUCGUAUUAUUGACGAAACUAAUGUUGUCUUGAAUGGCUGGAAUGAGUGGCUGUCACGAGAAUGUCAGGCACCUGGAGUUGUGCUUCCGGCUUACCACAACCUUUCGUUGGCGGAGAUUUGUUUUGCUGCGUGUCGGCUUUUAGCAUCAACCCAUGAUAACCUUCAUCACGGACCAGUACAUCAACGUCUAGCCCAGGUCCUUCUUUACAUCUUUGUCCAUGAAUUUGAUAAAGAGUUGCAGAAAAGAGAGGACAAGCAGGAGGUGGUGCUCCAACGUAACGGCCGUAAAAUGAUGACUAUAGUUCACGACUUGAUAGUAGAAAAGGUCGGUGAAUUUGAAAAGAAUGGCAAGAAGUGGAAUCGAAAGGACGUGGUGGAAGAUAAAAAUCUUGGGAAGCGGUGGUGGCGGCUUGGAAGUGGUAUUGGAUUUGUUGUCAUUCUGACCUGUGCAUCAGACUUGGAAAAGAGUCAUAUGAAAAAUCGCUCCUUUUCUAAUGCCAAACUAGAUCUCUUGGUUAACUAUGUCCGGAAUGCGUACCCCAGUGCUGUGGCCCAUCUCCAGUCCCUUGACCCAGUAAUUCAACGCUUUAUCGCGGGUGUGGCUUUGCCCGCAGAUGACAUUGUCCAUCCAUACCCUUCCUUUUUGCGAUUUGAAGCCGCCCCUGAAAAUAUGCAAUGGACAAAAACAGAGUCAGCAAUGGGUGUUGCAACAAAAAAGCUCUUGUGCAGUUUAGGUAAGACUAAGGAAUGA